AUGUCCGACAUCAGAAUUAACCCACUAACCCUCACUUCCCACCGCAACAAAAUCCUACCCAUGCUGCCACCACCACCCUCACUAGAGAACAUAGCUGCAUUGGAGCAGGAAAAUCGGAGACUCAGGAUGGAGGUUCAACAACUCCGCAGUCAGCAGGAGAUAUGGGCAAAUCAAGUCAGGCGUUACUACCAGAUUGCGGAAGCUGCGAAGGAAUUUGCGCGAGGGACUGCAUCAGGCGUCCGCCUCAUCCAAGAUGCGACAAACAACAUGGAGAAGGCGAAGAAAGUAGCUGGUCAAUCUUGGAAUGUUUGUGAGAGUAAUUUAGAGGCUCUUAUGGCAGAUGAAAAAGUAGGAAAUUGGAUUUAA